AUGCAACGCGGCAUUGACUCCUUCUUCAAACGGCUGCCGGCCAAGUCGAAAAGUGCCGAGGACGAAAAUGGAGAGACGCCGUCGAAGGCGCCAAAACGCAAGAAAGCCGUGAUAAUUUCCAGCGACGAGGAGGAGGUGGUCAGUCCGCCGGAGACUAAGAAACUCAAGGCUUCAAAGACAGCAUCCAGCGAGGAUGAAGUGGUGGCUGCCACACCGGAACCGAAUGCGAAGAAGGCCAGGAACGGGCAGAAACCAGCGCUUUCCAAGCUUAAGCGGCACGUGGAUCCUACCGAGCUUUUCGGUGGAGAAACCAAGAGAGUGAUUGUGCCCAAACCGAAGACCAAAGCUGUUCUCGAGUUCGAGAACGAAGACAUUGACCGCAGUUUAUUGGAAGUGGAUCUGGACGAGAGUAUCAAAGAGGCUGCCCCCGAAAAAAAGGUUCAGUCGAAUACCAGGAGCUCUCCCUCACCUAAAAGAGCAAAGAAAAGCAGCCCGGAGCCGCCAAAACCCAAGUCAACCAAAUCCAAAGCCACCACUCCUCGUGUGAAGAAGGAGAAACCUGCGGCAGAUCUGGAAUCCAGUGUCCUAACAGACGAAGAACGCCACGAGCGUAAACGUGCUUCCGCCGUGCUCUACCAGAAGUACAAAAACCGCAGUUCGUGCCUGAACCCCGGCAGCAAGGAAAUCCCAAAGGGAUCCCCGGAUUGUCUGAGUGGCUUAACCUUUGUCGUAACCGGAGUCCUUGAGUCUAUGGAACGAGAGGAGGCGGAGUCUGUGAUCAAGGAGUAUGGCGGAAAGGUGAUGACCGUGGUUGGAAAGAAACUUAAGUAUUUGGUCGUAGGAGAAGAAGCUGGACCAAAGAAAUUAGCUAUGGCUGAUGAACUCAAUAUACCCAUUCUCAGCGAGGACGGUCUCUUCGAUCUAAUCAGGGAGAAAUCAGGAAUAGCUAAGCUGGUAAAGGAAGAGAAGAAAAGCCUCGAGGAGAAAGAGAAAAAGGAAGUCAAGACUUCUAGAAGGUCCAAUGAUAAAAAGGAGAAGGAGGUCACUAAGCAGAAAAGUAGCGAGAAGCAUGAUGCUGCCAAACAUAAAGUCAAGGAGGAACACACUUCCCCCAAGGAGUCGAAGGAAAAGCUCAAUGAUGUACCAGCUGUUACCUUGAAAGUAAAAAAAGAGCCCGGCUCCCAGAAAGAACACGCUCCGUCGCCAAGAACUGCAGAACCGAAGACUCAGGAUAUGGUCGGGAUGGCCUGGGUGGACAAGCACAAGCCUACGAACAUAAAAGAAAUCGUUGGCCAGGCAGGAGCCGCCAGUAACGUGACCAAGCUGAUGAACUGGCUGUCCAAGUGGUAUGUUAACCAUGAUGGAAACAAGAAGCCCCAACGUCCCAAUCCUUGGGCCAAGAACGACGACGGCAGCUUCUACAAGGCGGCCCUGCUUUCGGGACCUCCUGGAAUAGGAAAGACCACGACGGCGACUCUGGUAGUGAAAGAACUUGGCUUCGAUGCGGUGGAGUUCAACGCCUCCGACACGCGCAGCAAACGCUUGCUCAAGGAUGAAGUGUCAACGCUGUUGAGCAACAAAUCCCUCUCCGGUUACUUUACAGGACAAGGCCAAGCGGUCUCCCGCAAGCAUGUGCUCAUAAUGGACGAAGUCGAUGGCAUGGCCGGUAACGAGGACCGCGGUGGAAUGCAGGAGCUGAUCGCCCUCAUCAAGGAUAGCUCUAUUCCCAUUAUUUGCAUGUGUAAUGAUCGCAACCACCCGAAAAUUCGGUCCCUGGUUAACUAUUGCUACGAUCUGCGAUUCCAGAGACCUCGCCUCGAGCAAAUCAAAGGAAAAAUAAUGAGCAUCUGCUUUAAGGAGAAAGUAAAGAUAUCGCCCGCAAAAGUGGAAGAAAUCAUAGCGGCUACCAACAACGAUAUUCGGCAAUCCAUUAACCACAUUGCCCUGCUGAGCGCCAAGGAAGACGCUUCUCAAAAGUCAGGGCAGCAGGUUGCCACCAAGGAUCUGAAGCUGGGACCCUGGGAAGUGGUCCGAAAAGUCUUCACAGCGGACGAGCACAAGCAUAUGUCCUUUGCAGACAAGAGCGACCUUUUCUUUCACGACUACAGUCUGGCCCCGCUCUUUGUGCAGCAAAACUAUCUGCAGGUCCUACCGCAGGGAAACAAAAAGGAUGUCCUGGCCAAGGUGGCAGCUACGGCAGAUGCCUUAAGCUUGGGUGACCUUGUUGAAAAGCGAAUUCGAGCGAAUUCAGCUUGGAGUCUUCUUCCCACUCAGGCCUUAUUCAGCUCGGUCCUUCCCGGCGAGCACAUGUGUGGCCACUUCACUGGACAGAUUAACUUUCCCGGGUGGCUGGGCAAGAAUUCCAAGUCUGGAAAACGUGCCAGGCUGGCUCAGGAGCUGCAUGAUCACACUAGGGUCUGCACCUCGGGCUCAAGACUAUCGGUGAGGUUGGAUUACGCCCCCUUCCUUCUGGAUAAUAUAGUGCGACCUCUGGCAAAGGAUGGCCAGGAGGGUGUACCCGCUGCUUUAGACGUUAUGAAGGAUUACCAUCUACUCCGUGAGGAUCUGGACUCGCUGGUCGAGCUUACAUCCUGGCCCGGCAAGAAAUCCCCACUGGACGCAGUGGAUGGGAGAGUAAAAGCCGCUUUAACGCGAUCUUACAACAAGGAGGUUAUGGCAUACUCCUAUUCCGCUCAAGCUGGCAUCAAAAAGAAGAAAUCGGAGGCUGCUGGAGCGGAUGACGAUUACUUAGGCGAGGGUCCGGGCGAAGAGGACGGAGAUGGUGGCCACAUAUCAUCAGAGGAAAACGAGGACAAGGACAACCUAGAGCUGGAUGGUUUGAUCAAAGCCAAAAAGAAGACAACUUCGUCAAAAGCGGCUGGUGGAUCCAAAAAGGCUACAUCUUCCACGGCUUCAAAGCCUAAGGCCAAGGCCAAAAAGUGAAUGCACUAAGGAUUUCCCAUAUUAUAAUAUGAUUUUUUUUGCCAUCGAAUUCCCCAUGUAUAUGUAGUUUUUGUUUAAAAUCUCAUGAAUGGCCGACACUGUUUAUACUGCUAAAAAUAUAUGAUAUUUACCAAUAAAAUACGUGCUUGAAUUGCAAAA